AUAAUAAAGAGACACACUCAUUCCCCUGUUUGCUCUAUUUUAGUUCAACAUGACCAAUCAAAAUCCUCUCCCUCUCUAUGACAAAAUUUUGGUAAAGUAUACAUUUUCAAGAGUGGUGGAUUCAAUCACUUUGCUCUUCCUUAUCUUGCUUCUUGGUUACCGUAUUUUCUAUAGCAACAUUUAUACAUUCCCCUGUUUUGUUGCUCUGUUUUGUGAGUCAUGGUUUACCUUCACUUGGAUUCUCACCAUGAACCUCAAAUGGAAUCCAGCAUAUACCAUAACCCACCUAGACCGUCUCUUGCUCAGGGAAGACGAGCUUCCACCAUUGGAUUUGUUUGUGACAACAGCAGAUCCUGUUCUUGAACCACCAAUCAUCACUGUGAACACAGUGUUGUCUCUGUUGGCACUUGAUUAUCCAGUUAAUAAAUUAGCUUGCUAUGUUUCUGAUGAUGGUUGUUCCCCUCUCACAUUUUAUGCCAUUGUUGAAGCCUCUAAAUUUGCCAAGGUUUGGGUACCUUUUUGUAAGAAAUACAAUGUGCAAAUUAGAGCACCUUUUAGGUAUUUCUCUGAUGAGAAUCUUGUUAGCAACAGAGAAGAGUCACCAGAAUUUUAUCAAGAUUGGUUAAGAAUGAAGGUACUAUUAAUUAUGCUAAUUUUGAUUUUCAGAACACUCAUUUCAAUUUUUUCAGAGAAGAGUCACCAGAAUUUCAAUUUUGUCGGUGAAUUUCUAAAAUAUACUUAAAAUGUAAUGGUUAUU